UCUUGUUUGACAGGUGUGCCAGAGUGCCGGUUGUCAUAUGUCAGAUGCCAGUUCUCGUCGACGCCGUACGGUGUCCGGCGGUUUUAUAACGAUACAAAAUGUAUUUGUAAUCAAUGUAAGGUAAAAAAAUCGUUAAAUUGUCAUAAUUGUGAAAGAAAAUAGACAAGUUAAAACGUUGAAGAUUUUAGACGCAUAAAAAAAAUGUAUAACGAGUGAUUAAACGAGAUGGAAUUCGUUGCAGAAUCAUCGGAGAGUUCAGCAUCAGCAUGCAACGAGACAGUAAGUGUACAAUUGUGUAUUUAGCGUAAAGUGUAUAAGUGUACAUAAAAACAAAGAAACAGUUGCUGUGCAGAAUAAUCGUAAAUAGAGAAAAUAAAAUCGUAAAAGCUGAUGGAACGUUACAUCGGCAAAACUAGUGAAUCCACAGGAGUUUCUUCUGAUCGAUUGGUCGAAGGUAGCCAUUCUCCGGCUGUUUUAAGCACGAGGAGACGUCGACGCUUCAGGAAAAGGCGGGUUCGUGGGAAAAGUGCAACAUAGUGCAUUCAUUAGUACAUUCGGCUUCCGAUUUUAACGAGCAAUUGUUUCAAUAAGCACGCCACUGAGGAUCCUAAACAUAAAGCAAAAUUAAUCAAAUAAAUAAAGCUUGAAUGUAUCCAAAGCACAAAGUGUUUAAUCACGAGAAUUUUCAACUCGUGAUUACGACGCUGGACCAACGUCUCUGGGUCGUUGUUUCGUGUAAACUGCACUUUGGAGGCAUGUUGAGACCACAGACACCAACGGGUCGGUUAAAAGGAUUUGAAACGAAGCGGUUUAAAGAUCGAAAGUGUGAAUAAACCCACAAAUAAUAUUGAUAAUCGAUAAUUAAUGUCUCACAGUAAGAUAAUAAUCAUUUAUAAUAUACAAAAAAAAAAGCCAAUAAUAAACGCACCAGUCACCAGAUCACUAAUAUGUUUAAACAAUUCAGUUGAUAAUUGGAAAUUAUGAUGAAAAAGUAAAAAAUAAAAUCAUCAAAUAGUGGAUUGAAGCAAGAAAGAGAGAGGAGAUUUCGUGAUAACAGUGGCCAAACAUGAGCUCUAUGGUAUACACCCUAUAUGGGUUUGCAAUAUUCUUCAUGAUAUUCUGGUUAGGAAUGUGGAUUGUACACAUUUUAGCUUUGAUCACGGGUCGAUGGAAACUUCACAGAAAGCCAGCACAAGUUCCAAGUUAUGAGGUUCCGCUUCCUGGUGUUUCAAUAAUCAAACCGCUCAUGGGUGUUGAUCCAAACUUGUUCAAUAAUUUAGAAACAUUCUUUACAAUGGAUUAUCCACUUUAUGAAAUACUUUUCUGUGUUGAGGAUGAAUCUGAUCCUGCUUUAAUGCUAGUUCGUAAGCUCCUUGAAAAAUAUCCUCAGGUUGAUGCUCGUCUUUUCAUCGGCGGCUGUCGAGUAGGAGUUAAUCCAAAGAUAAAUAACAUGCAUCCAGCGUACGAGGCAGCUAAACACGAGUUAAUAUUAAUCAGUGAUAGUGGAAUUAGGAUGAAGGAAGAUACUUUAUUUGAUAUGGUCAGGUAUAUGACAGAAGGUGUAGCUCUUGUACAUCAACUACCAUUCACAUGUGAUCGAGAAGGCUUUGCUGCGGCCUACGAGAAAAUAUACUUUGGAACAGUUCAAUCAAGAAUGUACCUGGCAGCAGAUGUACUUAGGAUUAAUUGUCAUACUGGUAUGUCUGCAUUAUUGCGAAAAGCUCCGCUUGAUGAGGUUGGUGGAUUAAAAAAAUUUGGCGUCUACCUCGCUGAGGAUUUUUUUUAUGCCAAGUCUCUGACUGAUCGAGGCUGGCGUAUCACCGUGUGUUCUCAACCUGCUCUACAAAAUAGUGGCCAUUGCGAAAUGCAUUCAUUCCAAGCAAGAUUAAGACGUUGGGCUAAGCUCCGUGUAGCUAUGCUUCCUACAACAAUCAUAUUAGAGCCACUCACUGAAUGUUUUGUGUUAGGUGCGUGUGCUUCGUGGGCAGCAGCAGUGCUUUUUGAAUGGGAUUCAUUAGUUUUUUAUUUGGUUCAUAUACUUUUAUGGUUUAUGUUGGAUUGGACGAUGCUUUGUGUCGUGCAAAAUAGUCCAUUGCCUUUGAAUAAGUGGGAAUUUGUGUGUGGAUGGCUACUCAACGAAACUACAAGACCGUACUUGUUUCUCCAAGCUGUUCUGGAUCCUCUUAUACAGUGGCGUUCACGUGUCUAUAAACUCAAAUGGGGUGGAGUGGCCGAAGAAGUCAAGGCCAAAGUCAAAUAUUAGGAUUUAAUAAUUAAUUACUAUGUAGGUUUUUAAUGCUAUCACGUACAUGUACAUGUGACCAUCUACAUGAUAUAGACGUUUCAAAGAUUCUCAAUAUCGUGCACGUAUUACUACAAUAUUAUAUAGAUGUAUUACGUGCAUUAUAUUCAAUAUGACUGAUUUAUAUAUAUUAUUAUCGAUGAUAUUGUAUAUUUUAAAUUUAAAAGAAAAACGAGUCGCAUAAAGUCUUCAUGCUCGCGGUUAUACCGUAUUAUUACUUUUUCUUAAAUUUAUUUCCUAUUGAGAAACUAAAUUUAUGAUAAAACAUUUAGAAAUUAUUAUCAUAUUAUAAGUCAUUAUAUGAACGUCGACAUUAGAAAAAAUUUAAAUUUUAUUGAUUCUCUGAAAAAAAUAUGAUAUUACUACAUGGCGAUUUAAGAAAUGCUGAUUAAAAAUUGACUUAUUUAUUUUAAUUAUUUAUCUCUUCACGAUAAAAUAAUGUAUUUUAAUUAUCGCAAUAAAGUGAUUGUACUAGAUAGAUAUUUGAUAAAAAUUUGUUAAAAAUUGUGAAAUUUUUAAUAAUGUUAAAAUUAUUGUGAAAUUAUUGAUAAACAAAUUGUAAUCACUCUAUUUUAAAAGUCAAACAAAUCUUACAAAACAUUAUGACAAGACAAUAUAUAAAAAUUGUAAUAAAUUGAUGUAAAAAUUUUGAAGUAAGUAAUUUUUAUUUUUACACAUUUUUUUCAUUAUUAUACUUUAUGAACUUUAACAAAAUUUUUACAACGGUUUAAUGACGUUUCUGAAAGUAAAUACAAAUUAUUAUUAUUCUAUCAAGAACAAAUAGAAGAAUUCGUUAAGUUUUGUUUGAAAACUUAUAAAAUACAUAUAUAUCAAAAUAUGUUAUUUUAUCGUGAGGAAAAAAAGAUAGUUAGCUAGAAAAAUAUAAAAUUUGAAAAAUGCACCUAUUA